GCACUGAGAGGUGAAAUGGCGCAGCAGGGAGUUCAGCUGGACCCAAAAAGAAUCUCUUGUCCUAUCUGUGUGGAUCUACUGAAGGAUCCGGGGACUCUUCCCUGUGGACACAGCUACUGCAUCAACUGUAUUCAAAGCUUCUGGGAUGGAGAGGAUGAGAGGGGAAUCUACAGCUGCCCUCAGUGUAGGCAGAGAUUCACACCGAGGCCUGUCCUGAUGAAAAGCACCAUGUUAGCAGAUUUGGUGGAGGAACUGAAGAAGACUGGACUCCAAGCUGCUCCUGCUGAUCACUGCUAUGCUGGAGCUGAAGAUGUGGCCUGUGAUGUCUGCACUGGGAGGAAACUGAAAGCCUUCAAGUCCUGUCUGCAGUGUGUGGCCUCUUACUGUGAGAAACACCUCCAGCCUCAUCGUGACUCGGCUCCAUUACAGAAACACAAGCUGGUGGAGCCCUCCAAGAAGCUGCAGGAGAACAUCUGCUCUCGUCAUGAUGAGGUGAUGAAGAUGUUCUGCCGCACUGAUCAGCAGUGUAUCUGUUAUCUCUGCUCUGUGGAUGAACAUAAAGGCCACGACACAGUGUCAGCUGCAGCAGAAAGGACUGAGAGGCAGAGAGAGCUGGAGGGGAGUCGACAAAACAUCCAGCAGAGAAUCCAGGACACAGAGAAAGAUGUGAAGCUGCUCCAACAGGAGGUGGAGGCUAUCAGUCGCUCUGCUGAUAAAGCAGUGGAGCACAGUGAGAAGAUCUUCACUGAGCUGAUCCGUCUCAUGGAGAAAAGACGCUCUGAUGUGAAGCAGCAGCUCAGAUGGCAGCAGGAAACUGAAGUGAGUCGAGUCAAAGAGCUUCAGGAGAAGCUGGAGCAGGAGAUCACUGAGCUGAAGAGGAAAGACGCUGAGCUGAAGCAGCUCUCACACACAGAGGAUCACAACCAGUUUCUACACAACUACCCCUCACUGUCAGCACUCAGUGAAGCCACACACUCAUCCAGCAUCAACAUCCGUCCUCGCCGCUACUUUGAGGACGUGACAGCAGCUGUGUCAGGAGUCAGAGAUAAACUACAGGACGCUCUGAGGGACACAUGGACAAACGUCUCACUGACAGGGACUGAAGUGGAUGUUUCACUGUCAGAACCAGAGCCCAAGACCAGAGCUGAGUUCUUCAGAUACUCACGUCACAUCACACUGGAUCCAAACACAGCGUACACACAGCUGAUAUUAUCUGAGGGGAACAGGAAAGCAACACGAACAAGUCAACGACAGUCUUAUUCUGAUCACCUGGACAGAUUCACCAUCUGGCCUCAGGUCCUGAGCAGAGAGAGUCUGACUGGACGGUGUUACUGGGAGGUGGAGUGGAGAGGGACAGGAGUUUUUGUAGCAGUCACAUACACAAAUAUCAGCAGAACAGGGAGCCCCAACGAAUCUUUAUUUGGACUCAAUGACAAAUCCUGGGCGUUAUAUUGUGUCAAUAACAGUUAUAACUUUUGGUACAACAAUGUCCAAACUCCCGUCUCAGGUCCUCGGUCCUCCAGAGUAGGAGUGUACCUGGAUCACAGUGCAGGUAUUCUGUCCUUCUACAGCGUCUCUGACACCAUGAGUCUCCUCCACAGAGUCCAGACCACGUUCACUCAGCCUCUCUAUGCUGGACUUUAUCUUUACUGUCACGGAGCCACUGCUGAGCUGUGUCAGCUCAAAUCCACAGACGUCAUUUAAAGGAAACUGGGUUAU